AUGGCUACACCGAAAGUUGAUGGCCCGGCUGAAGUUGAUGCGUGGCUUGUGUGGUGCUUCGAACAUUACCGGAAGCCUGAACACCGUGAGGUACACAAAGAGUUGCAGCACCUUGCCGCCGUGCUGGGCUGCAAGUUCGUUUGCCACAAGAAAGGGUCGGGCUUUCUCUCCUGGCGGGAGCAAGAUGGCAGGAGUGGUGCCCUUCUGAUCGUCGCAGACUGGCGAGAAACGAAGCCCAUCAUUCACGGGCUCAGAAAGAGCCGGCAGCCUUGCGACGUCUGCAUGUGCGUGGUCGCACGGUCGGGGAAGAUGUUUCAGCGCGCAGUGCUCUUCGCAAACGCGCAGAGCCUCAAGGUCGUGGUGACCCCGGCUUUCUCGCGCCAGGUCGUUGAGGAGCUCUUCAUCAACUACGUGCAGGCCGCAUGCAAGAUAUCACCAUCAAUGCCUUCGCCUGUGCAGCCCAAGCCAGUGGAGCCCCCUUGCUGGAUGUCGCUGCCUAGCCUUGUUCAAGCAGUCAAGGACCCAAAGACAGCGGCAAUGCUGGAGCAGCUCAUUCAGGAAACCAUGUCCUCGCAAGUCUAUGAGGACUGA